AACUAUGCGUUUUAGGCUUUUAGCACGUUUCAUAGAAAAGGAAAAGAGAAAAACUAACAAACACUCUUUGUAAUUUUCAAAUCCUAUUUUUAUUUUCAUCUCAAGCUAUUCACUCUCCGUUCUCUAACCUCACACAGUCGCCAAGCCUUCACUCACUGUGGGUGCAAACAGUCAUCAUCUUCUACUUGAAACCCGUUAAUCUUGCAGGCAACACUGUUAAAUAAGUGCGCGUGUUUGAGGCAAGUGAUUGUGCAGUGAAAAAGGAAAAGGCAGAAUUCUUCUUCUCUUCAUACGGGUUUGCUCGCCUCUCAAGAAGUUCUCCAUAGACUGGGAAGUUCUUGAGUUGAAGAACUGUUGCUGUUUAAGAAGAGAAGUAGAACAUCAUGGUGACCUGGGUGACUACUGCUUCUCCUUUCAAUCUUCCACUUCCACGAUUUGCUGCUACUCCGGGAACAAGUACUGGUACCAAUCUUUUCAAAGCAUCCACUGGAAGUUUUGAUUUUCUUCUUGCUAAUAAAUGCCGAAAACUGACUACUUGUCGGGUUGAGUCAAAGUGGGCCUACCCCUCAGAAAGAUUGCCGGGAGUUUGGGAAGAUCCUGAUGACGGUAGUGGCAGUGAUUAUGAUGAAGUUGAAGAAUUGGAAGAAAAUGACAUGGAUUAUGAAAGUGAUUGGGAGGAAGAAACAUACGCCAAAUCUACUACUAGGAUAGUUGAUUACUCCACAUCCAACAAUUAUGAGGAGGAUUCGGAGGAAGCCACAUAUGUUGCAUCUACUUCUACUACGACAGUUCGUAACUCCACAUCAAAAAAUUAUGAGGAGGAUCUAUCUAAAGAAAUUAUACAGCUUUUGCAACCAGAAGAAAGAGCAAUUUUACAACAGAAUGCAACUUAUAACCUGGACAAACUAUCAACAGCGAAAUGGAAGCCGCUCCAGACGCUUGCAUUAUCAGGACAGAUACGAUUUAUGGAUAAGUUGCUAGCAGAUGGACUUGAUAUUGACAGUGUGGAUAAGGAUGGUCUCACGGCUCUGCAUAAGGCAAUUGUUGGUAAAAAGGAGGCUGUUAUUAGUCAUCUUCUAAGAAAAGGUGCAAACCCUCAUGUCAAAGAUUGGGAUGGUGCUAGCUCUCUCCAUUAUGCAGUUCAAAUUGGUGCCCUGCAGACUGUGAAGCUAUUAAUUAAAUAUAAUGUUGAUAUCAAUGUUGCAGAUAAUGAAGGUUGGACUCCAUUGCACGUUGCAGUACAAACUAGAAAAAGAGAUAUAGUUAAAGUUCUAUUAGUGAAUGGUGCAGAUAAGAACAGAAAAAAUAAGGAUGGAAUGACACCCGUGGAUCUUUGCUUAUGUUAUGGCAAAGACUUCAAAUCAUAUGACCUUGCCAAGUUAGUGAAGGUCGUACCUGCUAACAGAGAUUUUUGACAGGACUGAGCAUUAUGCAUCUUUGAGAUAAAAAAUAAAAUAAAGGAUCAUGUAAAGCUAUGCCUUGUGUUUCUUAGUGCAUGAAACAAUCUUUUAAUCAUGCAUUUUCAGAGUGGACUUGCUCACAUCUUGCAAAUGAGCACUUCCGGUCUAUAGCCUUUUGUGGGUAAUUGAAACUUCUUCUGCUCUUGGAAGCCUAAAUUAGGCAAGAGUCUGGGAGAUGUGAGUUCUGCUUAUCAGCAACUCAGUGGCAUGAUCAUGGAGGCGUGUUAUAUUUGGUCAAUGCAGCUGCUGCCACCACAAAUUAAGGUCAUUUAUGUUGUGUGAACGGCAGACAGAAGGUGAUGUCGAAUGCAUGACAUCCUAGCAAUGUACAUCUCCCAGCAGCAACAAAUGUAAUGUAGUGCAUGUACUGUGGUGGUGUUCUAGGCAUGACAGAAGAAAAACCGUAGGGAGGCUGGAGGAUUGAUGAUGUCAGAUUAAGCACUUGCCUACACAUUUUGGUAUUCUAAUUUUUUUUUUUAAGUUGUCGGAAAAUAUAAAAGCUACAAUUGUUUGCACAUGAAUGACUUAUUAGUGCUACAAUUGUUCUUUGUAUGCUCUCAUGAGUGGCACUUUUCACUGAUGUUGCUUCACAGACACAAUACUCAUGAUGUAGUGUUGACGUAUCUGGAUUUAACAGAGCUAAAUUUCUUGUGUUA